AUGCGAUUCGCGCUCGCGCCUCACCGCGCGUGCGCGUUUACGUGCGCUCGAGCGUCUCGUUCGCGCAUCCGCUCCCGCGCGUCGUCGUCGUCGUCGUCGUCAUCCUCCAACGAUGCGUCCCGACUCGCAAAGCUCACCAACCUGGACGACCAAACGCUCGCCGCGCUCGGCGACGAAGUCCUGGACGCGCGUCCGCUAGUGAAGAGAAUGUUACUACUCCGAUCUCUCAUACGACGAGGGGACGUCGAGCGCAUGAUCGCGUGCGAACCGGCGCUGGUGAGUCGGAAGAUUACGGACGAGGACUUGGAGUACCGAGCGCGCGACGCGCUCGAGGCGAUUGAAUUGCGAGUAAAGUGGCGGAACGUGGCGGAAUUUUUGGUCGAGUGCGAGCCGGGAUUGUUGUUAGGAUACGGGGGACAGAUGCGAUUGGAUGAGAUCAGGGAUUUCGCGGUUGAACAUGAAGAAAAUUUGGCAGCAAUCGCCGGUGACGGUGAGGAAUGGUUGAGCAUUCCAGGACAGCGUUGGGUUUCGAACUUUGCGAUUUCGUACUACUAA